CCUUCGCAGCCACAGCGAGCCUCUUUCGCCGACUCGCCGUCAUGUCCGUUUCCGAGGCCGUCUACACACCAUGGCCGCCCCCGCUCUCAUGGGCACACCAGAUCCGCAUGGCCGCCGCCCAGGGCCACUUCCGCGACGCUAUCUCCCUCUUCCUCCGGAUGCGCGCCUGCGCCGCGCCACGCUCGUCUGUCCCGGCCUCCCUCCCGGCCGCGCUCAAGUCCUGUGCCGCCCUAGGCCUCAGCGCCCUCGGCGCCUCCCUCCACGCGCUGGCCAUCCGCUCCGGUGCAUUCGCCGACCGCUUCACCGCCAACGCCCUCCUCAACCUCUACUGCAAGCUCCCGUGUUCGUAUCUCCACUCCACUGGUGUGACCAGCGUGGGUGGCACCGGAUCAUCGACCGCAUUGGAGAGCGUGCGCAAGGUGUUCGACGAAAUGAUCGAGAGGGACGUGGUGUCCUGGAACACUCUGGUGCUGGGCUGUGCGGAGGAAGGGAGGCACCAUGAAGCGCUGGUCUUGGUCAGGAAGAUGUGGAGGGAAGGGUUUAGGCCUGACUCGUUCACCUUAUCCAGCGUGCUGCCAAUCUUCGCAGAGUGUGCCGAUGUCAAGAGAGGAUCGGAGGUGCAUGGUUUUGCAGUCAGGAAUGGGUUUGACAACGAUGUAUUUGUUGGCAGUAGCCUGAUUGAUAUGUAUGCGAAUUGCACAAGGACGGAUUACUCUGUCAAAGUGUUUGACAACCUCCCGGUACGAGACCCAAUUCUGUGGAACUCCGUGCUUGCAGGUUGUGCACAAAAUGGUUCAGUUGAGGAGGCUCUUGGAAUAUUCCGUCGGAUGCUGCAGACUGGAGUUAGACCUGUGCCUGUGACUUUCUCGAGCCUCAUACCUGUCUGUGGUAAUUUGGCAUCCUUGCGCUUUGGGAAGCAGCUGCAUGCCUAUGUGAUCCGUGGUGGGUUUGAAGAUAAUGUGUUUAUAUCUAGCUCCCUGAUUGACAUGUACUGCAAAUGUGGGGAGAUUAGCAUUGCUCAUCACAUCUUUGACAGGAUGUGUUCACCAGAUGUUGUAUCAUGGACUGCGAUGAUCAUGGGGUAUGCAUUGCAUGGUCCAGCAAGAGAGGCACUUGUGCUGUUUGAGAGAAUGGAACUGGGAAAUGCAAAGCCUAAUCAUAUCACCUUUCUUGCGGUUCUGACUGCAUGUAGUCAUGCUGGAUUAGUGGAUAAAGGCUGGAAAUAUUUCAAGAGUAUGUCAGAUCAUUAUGGAAUUGUUCCUACCCUAGAGCAUUGUGCAGCGCUUGCUGAUAUCCUUGGUCGUGCAGGAGAGUUAGAUGAAGCAUACAAUUUUAUAUCGAAGAUGCAAAUAAAACCAACUGCGAGUGUCUGGUCCACAUUGUUAAGGGCUUGCAGGGUCCAUAAAAAUACAAUGUUAGCUGAGGAAGUAGCCAAGAAAAUUAUGGAGCUUGAACCUAGGAGCAUUGGAUCUCAUGUAGUCUUGUCAAAUAUGUAUUCAGCUUCUGGGAGAUGGAAUGAAGCAGCACACCUACGAAAAUCUAUGAGAAAAAAGGGUAUGAAGAAGGACCCAGCUUGCAGUUGGAUUGAAGUGAAGAACAAACUGCAUGUCUUUGUAGCUCAUGAUAGGUCCCACCCUUGGUAUGACAGGAUUAUUGAUGCACUGAAUGUUUUCUCAGAGCAGAUGGCACGCGAAGGGCAUGUACCCAAUACAGAGGAUGUUUUCCAGGAUAUUGAAGAAGAGCAGAAGGCAUAUGUGUUAUGUGGUCACAGUGAGAAACUUGCUAUAGUGUUUGGUAUUAUAAGCACACCUGCUGGAACAAGAAUUCGUGUGAUGAAGAAUCUCCGAGUCUGUAUUGAUUGCCACACAGUAACUAAAUUUAUUUCAAAGUUAGCUGAUAGGGAGAUUGUUGUGCGUGAUGCAAACCGUUUCCACCACUUUAAGGAUGGAAAUUGUUCCUGUGGGGACUUUUGGUGAUUGGGUGAUUUGGGAUUAUCAUGUGUUGAAAUAUAGUGAAUUGUCCUCCUUUCCCUUCAGCUUAAGCUUUUGGGUUGACUGGCGGACUAGAGGUCUCGAGUUCGAAUCAUGGAUAGCACAAGUAAAUAAAAAAUAAUUGUUGUGCUCUCUUAUUCCACAUCUGAGGCAUGAGGGGGUGAGGGGGAGUGUUGAGAUAUAAAGUGAACAGUCUGCCUUCCCUAUCAGUUGAAGGUUUGGGUUGAACUGGUUAGUGCUGCAACUCAAUAAUAUGUUUGUGAAAAAAAUAAGUUUCUACUGCACGUGGUCUAUAUUGAUUGUCGGCAGUUGAUGGAAAGGAGUCUUGCUAAUCUAAGUAUUUUCUGUAAUGACGAGGAUAUGAGCUAUUUGUUUGUUUCUGAAAUUUUAGAGGAAUCACAGCUACACGAGAUUGAAGAUUGCCUUUAGUUUAGACAGCCAUGUCAAUUAGUCUAUUUUGAAGAACUGCUGAGAGUGGGACGAAAAAGGAAGUAUUUCUAGAACAUUAGAGCCAUCGAAACACUAUAUUUCUUUAUUCUUUACUCUUUGAAUAUUAUUAGGGUAAACUUACUCUUCUUACUUUCAAUAGCUGCUUUAUCACUUUACAAAAUUCUGCUUGUUGAGUGUGUUGAACUAUUUUUGCUCAUGAAAUUGCAGUUUCAUCUGUUUCAGAUGCCAGUUCUGCAAUCCAUCAACCUACUAGCUACAGUAUGCUCCAUUUCUCACAUUAUGUUUUCAUUGUUGAACCAUGGUCACCUAAUCCCCACCUUGCAUAAAGAAUAAAGAAAGGUAUGGAUGCUCAAAGUGUGUUUAAAUAGUUAAUCAUCCAACCUCAGUGUCCACCUUAACAGUGGUAAACUCUGAAUAAUAGCUGUUACUUCAAUUGCAUUGUGUAGCUGUAUUGAAUGUAGCACCCUGAGUGAGCACCUUGCAGCAAUCAUUUUCUGAAUCAAGAUUUCUCAUGUGCUGUUAUCUCUACUGAUCAAUCUAAUGCAUAUUCUUACAAUCAUUUAUUUUGGGAGUUAAGUAUCUUCCUUUCCUUGUAUGUCUGUCCUGUACUGCUGUCAUCAUAAUGCUCAGUUUCUUCUCAUGGCUGACCAUAUGCUCAUAACCUUUACUAUUCAUCCUGUUUUUGAACCUAUUCAUAUCACCAUUUAGCCUUAGUUAAAGUAGCUAAUAAAUGACAAGUUGUUCAGUAAGGUGAUUAAUCUAUUUUUUGUCCGGUAUACUAAUGUUUUUCAUUCAGUUUCAACUACUUCAUGUAUGCUUUUGCUACCACCUGGAUGUUGUGCCUAACUAUAACAGUGACAUAUUUCCUACUUAAGCAUGACUGUUGAACUAUGUCAGACAUCCUUUGUUGAACAAAUAUAUACAUGUAGCGGGAAAGGAGCUAGAUAUAACAAAAUUUAAGAAAAUGCCAAUAAUGCCUAGAAGGUCAUUUUGUCACUUUUAUUGUCUAUAUUCUAGUUUGUCAACCUUUCUAGUGCUAUUUGAUUGCGAUGACCCCAACAAAAAGAACAACAAAAUCAACAGCUAGAAAACUUGUUUUUGUAAGCCACUUAUAUUGUACCAACAUUCUUUUACUUUCAUGUGAUGUCUAACAUCACAAGUGAAUUUUGUUUGGUCAUGUUUCCUAAAGAUUGUUUUGUUUUUGCAGUAGUGGUCUGCUUGUAGCAUUUUAUGAAUCUAUAGGUUUGGCAUGACAAGUUACAAUUUUUGCCCUUCAGGUAUCAUCCUUAUAUGAAUCACCAGAUUCACAUUUCCAUUAAGAAAUUGUUGAAUCAUUCAUGUAUGGGGAUGGGGCAUAUCAUACAUGGCAUACCUCGGCCCAAAUUUUAUUUUGAUAACUGGAUCUAGAUGAGACCAUCAUAUCACGCACCCACAUCAAUCCCCAUUGCCCUGUACAACUGGAGAACUCAUGGAAACUUGACAUUGGAAAUAGUGUGUGAUGUUAUUUGUUCAAGGGCACUUGGUGCUAGGUUUUCCAAGGUGUGGACUCACACUAGAGUGCAGCUGGUGUGAUCUGCAGUUCUGCACUCAUCAUUGAGCAUGAAUGGCAUGGUUUUGCUAGAAGUUUUUUUCCCCAAGCAAAUGCUUGUUUCGUGUCUUGACAAGGUUUUAAAUAGCGGUCCUGCUUUGUUCGUUUGGCUGAUAAGCCAUGGCAGAAAGUAUUGUUGACUGAUUUCUUGUGAGAGAAAAACAAAGUCUCAUGGCUACGAUGAAGGAUGGACAUUCAUAUUAAUUUAACAAUCAACAAUUCAAUAACGAUUCAAUGGUUCGUCACAUCAUUUAUUAAGUACACCAAAUGAGCAGCUCGUGGUGGAUGCCCAUGAUUCCAGGCAAGUGCAGCACACUCUGGAUUGUGGAGACGACCAUUAUUUUUCUUCAGCAUGGAGCCACCACAGCAAUCUACUGGUUCCCAGUUCGUCCUUUUUUUUUCUUUGUCAUUCGGUUUUCGGUAUACCUUGGUAACAUGACGGAUAACAGGUAUGAUCCGCUGUGUAAAUCUUGUGACAUCAGACUAUCAGAGGCAGGUCUGAAAGGCAUGCAUAGAUAUUAGAAACUACUGCGGUAAUAAUCCAGCGAUCAAGUGUGUGAAUUGCUA